AUGUCGAAAACCAACACGGGUGAGAAAUUCCGCGAUCUGGGCUACAAGCUGGGUCCCACCCUAGGGGAGGGCAGAUUUUCCAAGGUGAAAGCAGCCACCUCAGCCAAAUACAAGGUUCCCUUGGCCAUCAAGCUGAUGGACAGGCGCCGAGUCUCCCCGGAUUUCCUGUACAAAUUCCUGCCCCGGGAACUCUCCAUCAUCCGCAAGAUCCGGCACCCCAACAUCGUGCACAUCUUCGAGCUCAUCGAAGGCUGCGACGGGCUGGUUUGCAUCGUGAUGGAGGCCUUAGCCACUGACCUGCUGAAGCUGGUGCAGCACCUGGGCAAGCUGCCCUGUGUCCCCAAGGCCAGGGACAUCUUCGGGCAGGUGGUGGCGGCCCUGCGUUACCUGCACGACCGUGACUUGGUGCCGGACCUCAAGUGUGAGAACGUGCUGCUGACUGCCGACGGCCACCGGGCCAAGCUCAGUGACUUCAGCUUCAGCAAAGAGGCCAACAGCUACUCCGACCUCAGCACCACCUUCUGCGGGUCAGCAGCUUACUGCCCCGAGGUGCUGAUGGGCAUCCCCUACAACGCCAAAAUGGCUGACGUGUGGAGCCUGGGGGUGGUUCUCUACGUGAUGGUGACCGGCUUCAUGCCCUUUGAUGACACCAGCGUCCGCCGCAUGCCCCAGCAGCAGAAGAAAGGGGUGAAGUACCGAGGAGCUGCCCCGCUGCCCGAGCCCUGCCAAGCCCUCAUUGCCCAGUUGCUCCAGUUCAGCCCAGCUGCCAGACCCACCGUGGGGCAGGUGGCCAAGAACAAAUGGGUGAAAAAGGAGGUUGUGUGA